AUGCACGUGAGAAAGUUGGAGAAGAAUUUUUCCAAGAAUUUUCCUCAUUUUAUCCACCAACACAUGAGAUUGAAUGGAAGAAUAAAUACUAAAACAACUCAAAAUUCUAUAAAACUCUGCGUUAACUUGCGUGAUGCAACAAAAGAAAGUUCUCUUAUAAUUCCUCAAGUUAAAAGCCUCAGGUCAUGCAUUGAAAUGCGAGAUAAUUAUGGCAAUAGGUCAGAGCCAUAA